UUGCAAAACUUGAAUCGAAAGUAUGAAAAAAUCGAAAGCACAGAGGGUCAAAUCACGAAAAGCGGCAUUUUGUGGUAGACGGUAUCUGACUGUCGAACGCGGAGGUACCACCCGACGGAUUUCAUAGGCGGGGCCAGAAUGUGUGCAUGUUGCAUGCACACGUGUUCCCUCGCCAGAGUCCGUGUG